AUGACAAUGUUUACAUAUAAGCUAUGCUUUCUGUAUGUAUUUUUGAAUAUCUAUGCCCGGUCUACUGGUCAAAUGUGUGGAAAUGUACAAAAUUUUGAUCAACAGAUCUAUGAAGGGAAACGGUCAUCGUCGAAAUCAUUUUGGACACAGGCUCCUCUUGGUUUGUUACAAUGCAUUCACAUGUGUCGGUCAAACUCCAUGUGUCUUUCCAUCAACUUUGUCAACUCAAAUGGCACAUGUGAAUUAAUCUCUACCGAUGUCAAUUCUGAAACUCUGCAAAAUGCUCCUAGUUAUUUGACUGUCAAUGCUCAAAUUUGGCCACAUGUGCACCUUGGAAAUUGUGAAAAUCAUAUGUGUUCACAAGAGAGCUUAUGUGAAUCUCUUGAGAUUGGUUACAGGUGUAACAUCAUUGGAUGCUAUGGUUCUGGAAUCCCGAACGCAGACCCACAAACAUUCAAUUCAAAGAUACACAAUUUCGGAGAAGCUGUUGAAAAGCCUUGUAAAUUUGGCUACUAUAGCACUGAUGCCGUUUCAUGUCUCUCCAAUGGCAGCUGGUCCGUCUUCACCUGUCAUCCAUAUCAAGAAAUACCUAAUUGUCGAUAUUUGAAGGACUCUUGCAAUACAUUAUAUAGUGAUGGUGAGUACUGGCUGUAUCCACCAGCAUUAAAUGGGGCUAUGGUGAAAUUGUAUUGUGGUAAACUAGAUACUGAUCCAACUGCUUACAUCACUCUGGUAGAGAACAACUUUUCUUCACGUAGUAUAUACCUUCAUGAUUCUAACUGUUCUCCAGUUCAAGCUAGUACGACCAAGAUCGCUCAGGAACAGCUAGGAUAUACCAAUUUCCAAAAGAUAGCAUUCGCACCACGGACUGCUCGAGUUCUACGCGAAGACUUUACCUUUACAUGGACAAACUAUACCCAAAUUGGCUACGGGAUAUCUGCUGACUGCCUUCCUGUAGACACAACAUGUAGCCUUUUGGGAAGGUUUGAGAUCAACCUUGAAGGUACUGGAUUUCUGAUUCAAACCGAUGUCAUCUGGGUCCAAGAUAAUCACGAUGCUGUCAUGGAUAUCUACGUUACUGAAAACAGAGAAAUAACUGGAGUAUGUGGCAAAGGAUGUGCAGGAUGUAAACCCGAAAGUCAUAUUGUUCUGGAAGCUGAUCCUUUUAACCAACCACAAAUGGAGAGUGCGACAAGACCAAUAUGUACCCAGUAG